AUGCCUGAACCAAGUUCACCACCGCAUCCCAAUCAUGGGUUCAUCGCCAGAGCGCAUACCUUGUUCUGGUUCCUCGGGUUGCUCUAUGGUUCUUUACUUGUGCUGCUAAUGAUUCCACCGAUUCAGAGGCAAGUAGUCUACCUACACAACUUGAAGUUCCCGUUUUUUGCGGACUUCGAACAUCCGGAGAACUAUGGCCUUGCUCCGUAUAAAACCCUAAACAUCCGUAUCUCCACCCCCGACAACGUAUCCAUCGGCGCCUGGCUCACCCUCUCCGAGCCCUUCUACCGCUCUCUCCUCCCUUCUUCCUCCUCCUCCUCCUCAUCAUCAUCAAAUGACCUCAUCACGCCGGCAACUUCCUACCUCACACAACCCCCAACUCCCUCCCAGAUCCGACAAUCCCUCCACCAACGCCCCACGAUCCUCUUCCUCCACGGCAACGCCGCGACGCGCGCCUUCCACCGCCGCGUAUCACACUACCAAGCCUACUCGAGUAGACUGGGCGUCAACGUCUUGGCCAUCGACUAUAGAGGCUUCGGAGACUCGAGUGGGACGCCGAGUGAGGAGGGGUUAAGGAUCGAUGCCAGGGCCGCGUUGGAUUGGCUCUUCGGUGGGAUGGGCGUGCGGAGGGAAGAUGUGUUGGUUGUGGGGAAUAGUCUCGGGACGGGCGUGGCGGUCAGUCUGGCUCAUGAGUUGGAGAUGGAGAAUCUCGAGAGGGACAGGGAGGAGAGGAAGGCGUUGAGAGGCAUGGUGUUGUUGGCGCCGUUUAGCUCGAUUGCGACGUUGUUGGAGACGUAUAUGGUGUUGGGGACGGUUCCGAUCAUGGCUCCGUUGCAAGUUAUUCCGUUCGCACCUGACUUUUUCAAAAAGUUCUUGAAGGAGCCAUUCAAUUCGUUGUCGAAGGUCACGAACCUAACAACGCCCCUCCUCCUCGCACACGCCGAAAACGACUACGACAUCCCCUUCUCACACUCCGAGACCCUCUUCUCCGCAUUCAUCGAACCGUUCCUGCCACCUCUCCCGCUCACGUCCUCCGCCAAGGCGCGCCUUGGCGGCGACGGCGAGGGUGGUGAGGGUCCGGGAGCGGAAGCGGCGGUUUAUAGGGCGAGGAGGGAGAGGAGGAAGGAGGUCGUGAGGACGUGGGAGGUGGACGGGCUGGGGGACGUGCAGGUUCUUCGUAAGGAGAGAGGAGAGGUGGCGUUUUUGAGGACGAAGUGGGGGGCGCAUGAUACGAUUGGGUUGGUUGAAGGUGUACAGGAUUAUAUGAGAGUUAUGUUUGGGCUGUAG